CAGAGGGCGUCGCGCGAAGGCUGAAGGCGUCGGGCGCUGACGGGAGCCGACGGGGACCCCGGGACCCGCCAUGCCUCGGUACGCGCAGCUCGUCAUGGGCCCCGCCGGCAGCGGGAAGAGCACCUACUGUUCCACUAUGGUGCAGCACUGUGAAGCCCUCAGCCGGUCUGUCCAGGUGGUCAACCUAGACCCAGCGGCCGAGCACUUCAACUACCCUGUGAUGGCUGACAUCCGGGAGCUGAUUGAAGUGGAUGAUGUUAUGGAGGAUGCAUCGCUGAGGUUUGGUCCCAACGGAGGACUGGUGUUCUGCAUGGAGUACUUUGCCAAUAAUUUUGACUGGCUGGAGGACUGUCUCGGCCAUGUGGAGGAUGACUACAUCCUUUUUGACUGUCCAGGUCAGAUUGAGCUGUACACGCAUCUGCCUGUGAUGAAGCAGCUAGUCCAGCAGCUGGAGCAGUGGGAGUUCCGAGUCUGUGGAGUUUUUCUUGUCGAUUCCCAGUUCAUGGUGGAGUCAUUCAAGUUCAUCUCUGGCGUCCUGGCGGCCCUGAGUGCCAUGAUCUCUCUGGAAAUUCCUCAAGUGAACAUCAUGACCAAAAUGGACCUGCUGAGCAAGAAAGCGAAGAAGGAAAUUGAGAAGUUUCUGGAUCCUGAUAUGUAUUCUUUAUUACAAGAUUCCACAAGUGGCUUAAGAAGCAAAAAAUUUAAAAAACUGACUAAUGCUAUUUGUGGACUGAUUGACGACUACAGCAUGGUGCGGUUUUUACCAUAUGAUCACUCAGAUGAGGAGAGCAUGAACAUUGUGUUACAGAAUAUCGAUUUUGCCAUUCAGUAUGGAGAGGACCUGGAAUUUAAAGAACCAAAGGAACAAGAAGCUGAGUCUUCCUCUAUGUUUGAUGAAUAUUUCCAGGAACGCCAGCAGGAAUGAAGAGUAACUCACUAUGAAUGUGUGACAGCAGGCAGCCACGUUGGCAGCACUGGCUGUACUGUGCUCCCAUAGGAAGCUGCUGCUUUUAAUUAAAUAGGUGCACUGGCUUAUUAUCAGGA